AAGAAGACGCCAACAGGUGCUGAGCCUACGGACUAGCAGACAUGGACUGGGAGAAAGCGAUGAAUUUCUCCAGAGUGUACUCCUCAACCCCGGCCUCUGACUCUUCAUCCUCCUGCUGUAACUCCUCCCACCUCCUCUUCCACCCCUCUCUGUUUCCGGUCCCCACGUUUUCCGGCUUCGACCUGCUGUUCAGCCUGAAGCUCCUCUUCAUCCCGCUCUACUCUGUCGUGGUUCUGAUCGCCUGCUCCGGGAACCUCCUCCUCCUCUUCCUCAUCUGGUACAACAAAAAGAGACACAACACCACUAACUUCCUCAUCAGUAACUUGGCGCUCGUCGACCUGGUGAUGUGCGUCUUCUGCGUCCCUUUGACGGCCUCCUACGCCUUUGACAGGCGCGGCUGGGUGUUUGGGUACCACAUGUGUCACUUUGUGACCGUGAUGCAGUCCACCACCGUUUACGCAGCGGUUCUGUCCCUCAUGGCCAUCGCGGUGGAUCGUUAUAUCGUUGUAGCGUAUCCCAUUCGCAAGAGAGCGGGAUGCCAGUUCUGUUGCUUCCUGGUGAUGCUGAUCUGGUUGUCCUCUUUGGCGCUAUCCACCCCGACUGCGCUUCACACGGUUUACCUGGACCUGCACACUGCGGGCCUGGACAUGGCAAUCUGCGAAGAGUUUUGGGAUGGACAGGAACAAGGCAGACUCAUUUACUCGUGUUUCAUCCUCUUCUUUUCCUACUUUGUCCCGCUGGCUGCUGUGUCCAUUUCCUACUGUGCUAUAUCCUGCCACCUGAAGCGGAGGACCACGUCCAGUUUGACAGCAUGUCCCGAGCUGAGGUGCGCACGGGCCGCCUGGAGUAGACGGCGGUGGAAGACCUUCUGUCUGCUGCUGGUUUCUGUUCUCUGCUUUGCCUUCUCCUGGCUCCCCUUGCAGGUGGUGAACCUUAUCCGUGACCUGGACACAGACUUCUCCAUACUGGGGAAGAAUUACAUUAACGUCAUCCAGGUGUCUGCUCACCUGCUCGCCAUGAGCUCGGCGUGCUACAACCCCUUCAUUUACGCUUCGUUGCACAAUAAAUUCCUGUCCUACCUCUGUCUCAACCCCCUGACUCGCAGGAGAGGAACAGAGAAGCACGGAGGUCAGGGGUCGAGCGUGCUGACGACGUCUCACAGAAUGCCGCGCCUCAACACCUUCACCACCGUGGCGGAUUUACCUGCCGUUGUCCUGAACGACCUCGUUCCAAAAGAAAACUACAUCUGA